AUGUCUGCAUUUGGAAGUGAUUUUCAUAAAAUUUGGCCAAAGCCGGGUUAUUCUUUAAAAAUAAGCGAUUUUGGUAGAAAUUUGUUACUAAAAUGUGUUGAAGUAGAAAAACCAAAUCCUAACAAAACUGAUAUUAAUGAAUUUAUUAACAAAUCAAACAAAUUUCCACUUGAGUUUGCCGUAAAUAGCUGUAGAGUGAGGAAUCAACCAAAGGACCGGCUUUUAAUCAUACAAAAGCAAAUUGGUUCAGCUUAUCCAGUAAUUCAUGAACUUACUCUGGGCUUAUAUUUAGCAUUUCUUGAGCACAAAUCAAAAUAUGGUAAUAGACAAGAACGAAAAAUCUACACGAAUUUAACUCUAACCGACUUCGUACAACGUCUGCUAGGUAAACGUUGCGCUUCAUUUUAUAAUGUAAGUGAUAAAUAUUUGCUCUUAACUGGAGAAAGAGGCUAUGGGGGUUUUAUGGAAGUUGGUACAGAUAACGAAAAGUUACCAUUAACCCUCGAAAAUGUACUCAGUUAUGAUGAAGUCAAGGUCUCAGCAUUAUUAUCAGUUUCAUCACAUACGGAAUUCAUAAAUGAUGGAAAUCGCCGAAAUGCUGGCUUUAUAGAAAAAAAUAAAUCAAAGAUAGAGCGAGAUGGUGUUAUUAUGGGUAUUAUCGGUGCACGAUUAUGUCAGCGUAAUGUUAUGGAGUUUCAAGAUAUUAUUAUAUCCAAAACGCAAAACACCAAACAGAAUGGUUAUGGUGAGGCAGUAGAUAAUCAUGUUGAUGCACGUAAUAGUGACUAUCGACGGAUAUGGAAGGAGUUUUAUGAAGAGCGUGAUUUUCGUUAUACAGAUGUAUCGAAAAAUGGUCAACGAUUUGGUAGUUGUUUUCUCUCAGAAGAUGUAUUCGAUAAUCUUAUUAUGAAAAAACGUUAUGCUAUAUCAUUUGAUACACUACUCCUGGAAAGUGAAGCAAAAGCAGCCAAAGCAAAUAAAAGUGCUUAUAUACAUGUUGUGGGUAUUGGUUUAGGAGUGUGGAGAGUUGCCGAACAGCAGGAGAAAAUAUUUCUAGAAACAUUUACGGAACGUUUAAAUGUUUUAGUUGAAAGGCUACCACAUAUUGCAGUAGUCCAUUUUUCAUGGUUUCAACUAACACAAUGGGGCGAACUAAAAAAUCGUGGUUUAAUAGCUUCUAAAGCACACCCUAAAGGAGGAAUUACAACUUAUUUGUCUAACCGUAAUCCAGCUGAUAAAUUGCCUUAUGAGCAUAAAGAUAAGUUAUUAAUUGUUUCAUACGCUUGGGAUGGUGGUUCAUUGCCUGGUAAUGAGUAUUGGAUGAAACAUGUUAAAUCAUCUGGAGACUCCUCAACUGCGUGCAGUACACUCGUCACCGAACUGCAUAAUCCACAUAUUAAUACAGAAAUGGUUAAUGGCAAUAACUUACAUAUAGCAACUGAGAUGUAUGGAGUUUUGCAUAUCGCAGAUUAUGCUAAACAUUUUCUUAAUUUAUUGUAAAUCAUAAAAAAAUGCAUUUUAAAAAUGUGAAGUUAAUUUAUACUUAAAGA